AUGGCCACCCGUCGAUCAGAGGAGCAGACUGUUCACACCAUUGCUGUGGACCUUGGCGAUCACGCUGCUCUGAGAAGUGCCAUGUCAGAACACAAUGCCACGCCAGAUAUGCUGAUUUGCAGCGUUGGUGGCACUACUCCGGAACAGAUAGGUUUUCUUGUAGACCUGGCACCCGAAGCACUGGCAGCCUGCUUUUCAUCUAAUUACCAUGCUUCCCUCUUCAUCACACAGUGGUGUGUGCAGCGUUGGAUUCAGCAUCCGGAUCCACGUCGCACCAGACGCUUGGUAUACAUCGCUUCUGGUGCUGCUUUCGUUGCCCUCCCAGGCUACGCCGCUUACACACCGCCGAAGACCGCUGUCCGAGCAUUAGCAGACACGCUCCGCCAAGAACUACUCCUAUACGGUGACGAGAGUAUGUACCGUGUGCAUAUUGCCUUUCCAGGGGCUUUCAUCACCGAAUCAUUCAUGCAGGAGCAGGCGACGAAACCACAGCUUCUUAAGAACAUGGAAGGCUCAAACUACCAGGGCAAAGAGGAAUUGCUGAAAAAUGUACAGAGUGCCGAGGAAAUAGCCUCAAAGAUCUUCAAAGGUAUCAUGAAGGGACGGUACAUCAUCACAACGGACCUGACGACUGACCUGACGCUGAACAACAUGCGGGGCCCAAGCCCUCGCGAUAGCGCUUUGUACGAUGUUUUUAUGUCAUUUGUGGGCUUUUGCGCUUUCCCCUUUGUACGUCGACGAUUCGACAGAAUGACCGUUCAGUACGGCUUGGAUAAGUCGCUGCGCAAAUAG